UACAGGUGCAAUUGUCAUGGGUUCAAAUGUACAUUGGUUCAAAUGUAAUGGAACCCCUGAAUAUAUAUGAAUAUUUAUACAUUUCAGUGAUAAGACAAUUUCUUUGAGAUUUAGAAUUUAUUUAGAUUGUUUCUGAAUAUGUAUCUCCGUUAUUAUUAUAAUUUAAAAAUGAAUGCUUUUUUAUUGCUUGAAGUAUUACCAUGAAGUAUUGAAAUGCACUAACAAAUAUCGCCGAAAUAAAAACAUAUCAAGUGUAGAGAGUAUACUUUAUUAGUAGUGGGUGAAAUAAACAUUUUUUUAAAAUAUCUUGAAGUAAUAUUUACUGGUACAUAAACUUUUCUUUAUUUGAUGUAAGUUCUUCAAUUUGGAAAAAACAUCUCUAUAAUUUUGAACUCAAGAGGUAUAUAGAUAUUGGAUAUAUACCAGUUUUGAAUUCAUUUAUUAACGUUUCCUUUGAGUAUGACGCUAUAUGUAUAUGGACAUUUUUAAUAGAAUGAGGAAGUGCUGUAAUUUGUUUAGUGUUCAAUCGAAACCAAUGAAAUGACUCUUGCUCUACUUGUAUACCAUAUCUCACUUGGUGAUAAGUCUAUACAUUCUCCUCAUUAGAUGCCUUUAUUUGAAUGUGGUUGUUCCUAAGGUGCAACACCUAAGUAUCCACCAUUUUGCAUAUUGUACUAUUUUACCUACCAUAACUAUAUUCAGUAAAUUAUAAUCCUUGAUUUUUCAACAGAACAAUAUUAUUGUAAAGUAAAUAUAUCGGUGGUCACUACGUUAGGAUAAUUACAAUUAUUAUUACAAUAAUCCUAUAAAAUAUUUUGUGGAAAUUAUACGAAAGAAAGUUAUUCUUAUUAGAUGUAUCACUCUCCUCAACGAACACUACCUUUUCAACAAAAGUACGAAAAUACAAUAAAUAUGUAUCCGGAUGAGAGUCAGGAACCGUUUCUUGACAUUAUCGAACACCCAAAAGCGAGAGGGUUCAGAUUCCGGUAUUCUUGUGAGGGACCAUCCCACGGUGGCAUACCCGGGGCUAGUAGUGAUAAAAACAAGAAAACAUAUCCUGCAGUUCAGAUAAGAAAUCACUCAGGAUAUGCAAGAAUUGUUGUUCAACUUGUUACAAAUGAAGAGAACCCACGACUUCAUCCUCACUCUUUGGUUGGAAAACAAUGUCAGAAUGGCAUCUGUACAGUUCAGUGUGGACCCAAAGACAUGACUGCCACAUUUCCCAAUCUUGGGAUACAACAUGUCACGAAAAAAAAUGUAGCAAAAAUUCUUGAAGAACGAUACUUGGCUGCCGAAAUGCAGCUCUCGUCCCUCAAUGAAGGAUUGACCGCGGACAUUCAAAAUGCUAUAAAGGAUGAAGACAAACAACGCAUCAGGUCUAAAGCAUCUGCAGAGGCGAAGUCCAUUGACCUCUCAGUCGUGAGACUCAUGUUCAUUGCCUACCUGCCUGAUAGCAAUGGAGCUUUUACUUUGAUGUUGAAACCAGUCAUUUCUGAUGCCAUUUUUGACAGCAAGUCACCCAAUGCAGCGACAUUGAAAAUUUGUCGUAUGGAUAAAACUCAUGGUGCGGCAAGUGGAAUGGAUGAGAUUUACUUGUUAUGUGACAAGGUUCAGAAAGAUGAUAUUCAAGUUCGCUUCUUUGAAGAAGAUGAAUAUGGAAAUGAUGAUGGCUGGGAUGCUUAUGGUGAUUUCUCCCCUACUGAUGUACACAGGCAGUUUGCGAUCGUAUUUCGAACACCAAGAUACAAAGAUGUCAGCAUAGACAAGCCUGUUCAAGUGCAGGUUCAACUUAGACGUAGAUCAGACGGUGAAGUAUCAGAACCACGUACUUUCACCUACAUGCCUGUUCAAGAUGAUCCUGAACAGAUACUGAGGAAGCGUAAAAAAGUCAGCGCACAUUUUGAAGAUCAUGUUGUAGGCAAUCAACCCAAUGGUAACGCUGGACAUGCACCUAUGGGUACCUAUCGCCAGUCAGGUGGUUUCGUCUUUCAGAGCAGUGGAAACAACACUGGUGGUGGUGGAAAGCAAACUAAACGUUUUGGACCUCCUCCUAGACAAGCCAAUCCACAAAAAGGACCUCUUGACCCAUCAUUGUUGCUGUAUAAAAUGCACCACAUGAAACAGGAGCCAGCCAGCCCGCCAAUGAUGAACGGUGGAAUGAUGAUGAAUAAUGGGGUCUCAAGUCAAGAGGUAUUGCAUGGCUCACACGCUAUGGUGCCUUCACCACAAGGAUCUGAUAGAUCUGCUGUCUUUGUCAGGAGUUCACAAGGAAUAAAUGCAAACAUGCGGGCAGUCAGCAUUGGCAGUUCAAGUCCCCACAGUUCGAGCCAUGGAUCUCCUAUGUCAGCUGAUUUGAAUGGAGUUGUCGCACCACAAAUUUCAGAGUCAAAUUUCAUCCCUGGAACACGUGUCCCUUUUCCACAGAUGUUGGCCAAUAGUACCCAAGCACAACCCCAGAUUUCACAACAACAGUGGGUUCAGAUGCAAACCGUUCCAGUACAAUAUCAACAAGUACAACUAGUUCAACAACAGACACUUCCAUCAAUGCAGUUACAAGGACAAUUCAUUUAUGCUCAGGUGCCACCCACCACCUCCAGCGGAAAUGCACUUUAUUUCGACCCCGGUACAGGAGAUGUACAGGCAGGAGAGUCAUAUGCAUUAGAGGAGGUUAUCGGGCAGGAAGUUGUAGGCACAAAUGUGGAUGAAGAUAUCAAUGAUUUCAUUGCUACCACCCUCAGUGGUUUUACAGGAUCAGCACAGACUUUUACCAGCUCAGCAUCUGGUCAAAUGGAAGGACCAAUCAUGGAUAUACUCAUGAAUUCAGAAACGCAGAUCGUUACAGAUGCAGUCUCCGAAGAAACCAAGACCGAUGCCAUGACCAAAAAUGUUGACGAUGAAGGUUUCUCUGCAGGGAUGCAAGAUACCUCGGUAAUACCCGAGAUCAAGACUGAAAAAGCAGUCCAGGAUGUUAUUGAAGCCGAUAGCUGUGCUAUUGAAAGACAGCUUGAAACAGCCAAUGCUCCAGUUGAAGUUGGAAAAAAUAAGCCAAAAGUACAGGUAAAGGAAAGUCAACCACAAACAAUGACUCAAUCAGCAGAAACGAAACAAAAAAGACCACCACCCAACAUUACAGAUGACAUGAAAUUAAAACAAGAGGCUGAAAUUAUCGAUCGACUCGAUAAAACAUCACUACAAAAGCUCCUGGUCAACAUUACCAUCAGAACUGCCAAAGCAAUGCAGGACUUUGCAGCAACAGGAGACAUCCGUAUAAUACUCGCAACACAACGUCGUCUCACUGAUAUUCAGGACAGCGAUGGGGACACCCCCCUUCACCUGGCCGUCAUCAACGGACAAGACAAGGUUCUUCUUGCAUUGAUACAACUGAUUCAAACCAUACCAAGUAGUGGCGAAAUCAUCAAUAGAAUGAAUGAUACUCAACUCACACCACUACAUAUUGCUGUACACAGCGAAAAUGCUAAUGCUGUAAAGUGGCUGAUGGGUGCUGGUGCAGAUGCCAUGCUUGGUGAUUCGAGAGGGAACACAGCAAUCCAUCUUGCCUGUAGUACAGGACAAGCUGACCUACUGGAAUAUAUGCUGAUGAAGUCUUGUGAUGGCAUUGAACCACACAACUAUAAUGGCCUUACUCCUCUUCAUACACUUGCAAGCAAAGUAUCUGAAAGUGCUCGGCAGUGCAUCAGUUUGCUGAUAAAGCACGGACACAAUGUGGAUUCUGGAGAUAUGAAGAGCGGACGUACUGCAUUACAUAUUGCAGCUGAAGAAAACAACCUGAUUGUUGCUGGUUAUCUUAUCUCUGAGUGCAACGCAGACCUUGAAUGUCGUACCUUCAGUGGAUUGACACCACUUCACAUUGCCGUUGCAAGAGAUUCUCAAGAAAUCGCAACUUUAUUGCUCGCAUGUGGGGCUGACCCACAGAGUGAAUAUUCAGAAGACCCCAAUAGUAUUCCACUUUCGCUUUGCGUCAGUUCAAGAAUGAGAGAUAUUCUGGAGGGAGGUUCUGCUUACGAUCAUUGUGACAUUGGAUCAGAAUAUUCAUCACUAGUAGAUAGCAGCGAAGAUCUGUACUCACUUGAACCCAUCAUCAAAAUGAAGUUAUCUCGACUACUCGAUCCAAUCAGUGAUGGCAAGGAUUGGUAUGCCCUUGCCAAGAGACUCGGACUUGGAGCACUCAUUGGCAUAUUUGAGGAUGAGGAAAAAAGUCCGACUGAAACUCUUCUUGAGAACUAUUCUUGUAUCCAAGGUACAGUGACAGGACUCAGAGCCGCUUUGACACAAAUUGACAGACAGGAUGCCAUUGAUGUUCUCAACAAAUCUCAGACAAAUGAAUCUGCAAAACUGUGCCACAAAGAUGAAGUAGAUUUGGAACGUGUCGACAGUGCUUUCGAAUCAAUGACAUUGUCUGAAAGUCAGAAUAUUUCAAUACCACAAUGUUAAAUCUCCUGGGUGUGAACUUCAAAGACAAAUAGCAAACUAAUAUAUCAGAAAUUGUACAUGUGAAAAGAUAUGCACACCUUAUCCAUUAUCUUUUCACACUCCAUAAAUUGAAAAAACAUUUCUGAAAAGGCUGUGUUUCAGAUGAUUGAUACUAUGUAUAUAAUUUCUUUUAUUUUUUUCCUAUUCCCAUCUAUGAGAAACUUGAUGCCCUACGCUUCGUAAUUGUUUCAGACGUGUUUAUGUCUCUAAUUAUGUAUGAGAAACAUACUUUUUUUAUUUGUUUUUUAUUUUAUGGUUCUGUUCAUUUAAAUCAAGCCUGGAUUGAAAAAUGCGUUUUUUCUCACUAACAGGACAUUCUUAAAUAUUGGUAACAUUAACCUUCCAAUGGAUGAGCUGAUGUUAAUUAAUAUAAUAUCUGAUUUUCAUGAUACAGUCACAUUUCUAAUGUCUAUAGGUCUUCUAUGAUAUAUCUUGUACAUAUUUUUACCAAUGUACAUUCUGAUUUUUUUCUUUCAGUUUUGCUUACAAUUCGAUAAAUAUUGAAUUUGCGACUCGUAGCCUACUCUUUGCCAGAACUAUACAUAUCAGAUGUCAAGAAUUCCAACUCUCUCAUUUAAGUGGUCAGUGAUGUAUUUUUCUUAGCAGUGUGAAAGGUAGUAAUCAAUAUGUUCCAUUUAUGAUUAUCUAAUUGUUAUACUCUUGUACAUCAUGGCUGUCAUAAAAUCUGGUUUUUACGAUUUCUGAUAACACUUUUUUUUUACUUGUGAAAAUUUUUUGUCACAACCUUUGUAUUAUUAUGAGUAGUGUCAUUUUUGCUCUUAUAUUUUUUUGAUUUGCCAAGACUGUCGCAAUGGUAUUUGAAGGGAAUUUGAACCAGUUUCAGUGAAUGUAUAAACUUGUUAUAUUAAUUAAUUUUUGUCCUUGAUUAUAAGACUUAUUUUUUGAAAUUGGAUAUCAUAUGUAAUCCUGACCUUCUCUAGAAUGAAUGAGAAUGAAUGCCAUUUAUAAUUGAUCCAUAAUUUUUAUUGCAGAUAUGUGGUUUCUCUUUGAUUCUUUUAAUUAUCAAGAUUCUUAUUGGUAUAGUUUUACUGCAUGACCGUUCUAUUUAUGUCCCAAAUAUCCAAUGUCAAUUUAUACUUUCUCAGCAUUGGGGGAUCUCGGAUAGAAUAGCAGCAAAUGCAAGUUAUUUGUUGAAGUAACCAUGAAUCCACGAAAUGGAUGUUGAUCAACCUAUUUGAUUCUUAUAUUUUGUCCUUGUGUUGUAUUGUAUAUAAUAAAUCUUAGUACCCAAAACAUUG